CGGGUAAUCCGUGGCUCAAUUCGAGGAAGCCAAGGUUGAACGGAUUCCGGAUCUCGCAUAUUGUCAUUGACUGAGGCCAGCCCUUAAUUCUACCGUUCCAUGCUCGCCAAAAUGUCAGCAUCUCUAUUUGCACAACUAUCCCGUGUCUCUCGGCUGCGAGCUCGCGUCCCUCGCGUUGUACCCCAAAGAUCUAUUGGAUCUGUCAGUGCAAUUGACUCGGGUAUUUUUCGAACAUUGUUUGGAACCGAAGAAAUUCGCAAGGUAUUCGACGAUGAGGCGUACAUCAAGCGGUGCGUAGAUGCCGAAGCCGCGCUUGCAAGAGCUCAAUCACGUUGCAAUGUGAUCCCAUCCCAGAUCGGCGAGAUGGUAACUCAGAAAGUUCGCGAAUCCAGAUUGGAUAUGGAACGCCUCCGUCAUGAGACAGAGAUUGUCGGUUACCCGAUUCUUCCCCUCGUCCGUCAACUAUCUGCGAUCUGUGGCGACGAAGCCGGGAAAUACGUACACUGGGGAGCAACUACGCAGGACAUCAUGGACCUGGCGAGUGUCUUGCAGAUGAAAGAGGGCUUGACUAUCAUUGAGCGCCAACUCAAGGAAAUUAUCAGUACACUGCGUGGGCUGUCCAUCAAGUACAAGGACACGCCAAUGGCGGGCCGCACACAUCUCCAACAUGCCCUCCCUGUCACCUUCGGGUACAAGUGCGCGGUAUGGUUGUCCGGCUUCCAACGCCAUUUGGAGCGCCUGGAGCAGCUAAAAUCCCGCUGCUUGCUGGUCCAAUUUGGGGGUGCGGCUGGGUCUCUAGCAUCUCUGGGAUCUGGAGAUGAUGGGUUACGAGUGCGCAAGGCAUUGGCAGAGGAAUUGGGUCUUACUGAUCCUCCUAUCACUUGGCACGUUGCCCGCGAUGGUGUGGCAGAGAUAGCAAAUUUUCUGGCAUUGAUGGGUGGAUCUAUGGGCAAACUAGCCCUAGAUAUCAUCAUCAUGUCCUCUAACGAGCUGGGAGAAGUAUCUGAGCCGUUCGUACCGCACCGUGGUGCCUCCUCUACCAUGCCCCAAAAGCGCAAUCCCAUCUCCAGCGAAGUUAUUCUGGUAGCAUCAAAAAUCCUACGUUCAAACGCUGGACUGGUUCUCGACGGGAUGGUAGCUGAUUUUGAACGUGCCUCGGGUCCUUGGCAUCUGGAGUGGGUGGCUAUUCCAGAAAGUUUUGUCAUUGCAGUUGGGGCGCUGUUCCAGACUCAAUUUGCUUUGUCUGGGCUGUGUGUUCACAGUAAGCAAAUGCUGGAGAACCUGCACUCAACCAAGGGACUGAUUGUGGCCGAGGCGGUGAUGAUGGGGCUGGCGCCCCAUGUGGGACGGCAACAAGCGCAUGACAUCGUCUAUGAGGCUUGCCGGGAGAGUAUUGAGAAAAACCGAUCCUUGCUCGAGUGCUUGAUGCAGAAGACCGAGGUGACCUCGAAGAUGAGCGAGGAGCGUGUGAGCCAGCUAUGUGAUCCUGUCAAUUACCUGGGUGCAUCGACAAGGAUGGUGGAUGAUGUCCUUGCUGUCGACUAGACAUGUAUACUCGCACAUGGUUGUCAAGUACUGUCUGAUAGAAUAUAG